AUGAAAGCGAUAAUUCAACGAGUCACAAAGGCCAGCGUUACUGUCGGUGGCGAGGUGAUCAGCUCGAUCGGAAAAGGACUUUGCGUCCUCGUCGGCAUCCAUCGUGAUGAUAAAAUAGAAGACAUGGAAUUCAUCGCACGCAAGAUCGUCAACCUUCGGCUUUUCGACGCAGAGGACGGCAAAAAAUGGGAUAAGUCGGUCAAGGACUUGGAUCUGGAGAUCCUAUCCGUCAGCCAAUUCACACUACAUAGCCAGUUAAAAGGAAACAAGGUCGACUUCCACAAUUCGAUGAGCCCCGCCGAUGCCGCGCAGUUCUACGAGAAGUUCUUGGCUCAUCUCGGUCGAUCGUAUAAAACAGAGCGCAUUCAGGACGGCAAAUUUGCCGCCUACAUGAUGGUCAACAUGGAUAACGACGGGCCCGUGACGAUCACCCUAGACAGCCGCAAUCGCGAA